CUGUAAACAUAAGCGAUACGAUGUCAGCAGUUACACUGGAUUUCUGCAAGUGUGGAGUAAACCAUUUGGAUGUCGGGUUAGUGCCAGAGCGCAUGGGGAGCGCACUCCGUGGGACUGAUAGUGCGUGAGUGACUCUGUCCAGCCGGUCACAGCCCGCACAGUUACCUCCGCAACAGUUACUGCCCCGGAGGAGAAUGCCUUCGCUGCACCACGGAGCUAUCUUCAUCGGAGCCUUCCUCAUUGUGACCGGGGGGUCCACAGCCUUCCUGGCCUCGUCCCAGAGCCGCCUGCAGGCUUUCUCCCUCUGCUGCGUGGUGCUGGGGGUUGUUAUGCUCAUCCUGGGACUCUUCUGGGCAAUGAACAGCAAAAAUGCCGUGAACUACAACCGCCGGGAGUUCGACCCAGAGUGCCCACAUUAUCCAUACGACUACCCAAACUUCGGCAGCCAUGCCCUCUUCACACCCCCGGGGAGCCGCUUCCCAGAGUCCCAGCCAGUGUUUCUGCCCAGGACAAUGGAGCGCCACAGGCAUGGUGCUUGUGGUGAGGAAUUCGACUACCCUCCCAUGGACUCUGGUGGCUUUAGUCCAACGCCUCACCCUCCUCCUUGGCUGGGACCCCCGCCUCCCUAUGAGGUUGCCAUCAAGACCACAUGCAGCUCUACACACCUGCGGCGUGCGUACUCAGACACACACCUGGCGACAGAGCCUCUGUUUGGACAGUCCAGAGAGGUCAGCUUUGAGGUGUGACACUGGACGAUGUGGACACUCCACCUAUCUGUACAUCAGACCAAAAUAUAAAUAGACAUGAGACUGGGGCUUACUCAGACUCUACAGUAGCUGUCUUUCGACAGCAGCAAACUUUGAAGCAUGCUUCCUUCUUGGGUCAUAGCAUGAUUUCUGUAAUUACAAUCCAGGUGUUAGCAAAUACUCAAAUAUAUGGUCAAAUUAAAGAUAGAUCAUACCGAAUUCAGCCUUAUCAGACCAAAAUAAAGCACCAAAACACUUUGUCUUUAUGAGGUGCGUGGCCACUACAAGCCACCAUUUCACUGACUUGAUGAACAUUAUACAAGUGUUUUAACUCUCUUGAAGGGACACAAUCUUCCAUCACAGACGAGUACUAAAUUUGGUUGAUAUCAAGAUGGUAUUCCAGACAGGAAGUUUAAGAAAUUGUUUGCGAUUUGGGGAAAUAGCCUUUUUUUUUUCUUUCUGGCUGAGAGUUAGAUGAGAAGAUCGAUACCAUAGUUUUAUCUGUAUGCUAAAUAUGAAGCUACA